GACCGAACUUGCCGAGCCGAGCAGACUGCCUGUCUGCAGGCAUAGACUUGCCCAUGGCGCCCUCCAUGGCGCCAGGUCUUCGACAAAGCUGGCGUCACUUGGCUGAAGUGCAGCAGCUGCAGCGACGCGACUUGUUGCAAGCUUGUUGGCCGCUGGCUGUACCAGGCCUCGCAGUCAGCUCGGCCUCCCCCGAAUCCAUUGCCCUCGCAUCAACUCCAAUGAAGCCAGUUCCUAUGCAUAGACCUCUCGCUACAUCGAUGCAUUGGCACGCUACUACACAUGGCCGCCCGCAACCAACCAACUUGGCAAAUAUGAGAGUCACGCCGCGCUUUGGGUUGCUCAGCGUAGACACGAAGAGUCGCCCCAUGCGAUGAGCCAUCGAUCUCGCGCUAGCAUACACAGUGCUCGGAGCUCGAAGGCACGCGGUCACCGACGCGCCCUCGCGACACGGCCGUCUGUGCUCAG